AUAAGAUUCCUCUAAAGGGAAAAACAAGACUGAAGAGCUCAGGGUGGUAGAUGGCACCUUUUUCCCCCCCUCAAGUGUAGCCUACUCAAUAACGGUCAAACAUUCAGUGAAGGAAGCGCUAGAGCCAGGUUGUUCGAGUAGUUUGAAAGAGAAAGUCGUAGUGUGUGUGUGUGUGUGUGUGUGUGGAGUGUGUUGUGAGUGCGAACAUGAGACGGGACUGAAGGAGCAGACGGUCUGGUCUCCUCAGAGACUGAUUUACUCCUCAGUGUAACUACAACAGCGUGUCACUUUCUGCCUCCAACACGGCGCGUUCACGAGCUCCUCAGUUCCUCACUUGUUUCUCUUCAGGACGCUGUUUAAUGAAGAAGACACGGUUCCCUCGUCUCGUCUCGUCUCUUUACCGGCUUUCAAACUGGAAAUAUGUUCUAGCGAAACGCGUUUGAACUUUCCUUAAAGUUUAUUUCAUCGACUAGGUAACGGUGAAGGCUUUCACAGGGCUGGUUGUCGUGGUGUGUGCGAUGCGCGGUGGAAUGGACUAGAACCACUAACACAACAACAACAACAACACAAGCACGACAACAUCCACGCCGCUCCGUUUGGCAGCGUCUUCGCAAGUGUGGCAUCGGGUUUUCGGGAGGAUUUUCUCCGGGGAACAUGGAGGAGGACAGCGCUCGGGAAAACGCCGAGCAGCCGAGGUGUAAAGACUCGGAGCGCCAGCUUCGCCUGCGGCUGUGUGUCCUGAACGAGCUGCUGAACACCGAGCGAGAUUAUGUGCGCACUCUCGCCUUCCUGCAGUCGGCCUUUCUCCAGAGGAUCAGACAGAUGGGAGAAAAUCAGCAAUGUCUGACACCGGAACAAGUCAAGAUCUUGUUCUCCAACAUUGAAGAGAUCUUGGAUGUACACCGGGAGUUUUUCUCAGCGAUGGAGGCCAGUCUGCAGCCCGAGCCUCAGCCUCAGCACGCGCUCGGCCACGUCUUCCUCCAGUUUAGAGACCGCUUCUCAGUGUAUGGAGAAUACUGUAGUAACCAUGAGAAAGCUCUCCGGCUGCUGAUGGAGCUCAAUAAGAUCCCCCACAUCCGCACCUUCUUACUGCACUGCAUGUUGCUGGGAGGGAAGAAGAGCACCGACGUUCCUCUGGAGUGUUACCUGCUCUCGCCAAUUCAGAGGAUCUGCAAGUACCCGCUCCUGCUCAAGGAGCUGCUGAAAAGGACUGCUAAGAAGCAUGCGGAUUACCCGGCCGUGGAGGAAGCUCUGCAGGCCAUGAAGGAAGUGUGCUCCAACAUCAACGAGACGAAGAGGCAGAUGGAGAAACUGGAGGCUCUCGAGCAGCUCCAAUCCCACAUAGAGGGCUGGGAGGGAACAAAUCUAACCGAUAUCUGUACUGAGCUGCUCCUCCAUGGCAAUCUGCUGAAGAUCUCAGCAGGAAACAUUCAGGAAAGGGUCUUCUUCCUGUUCGAUAACCUUCUCGUGUACUGCAAGAGGAAGUCCAGAGUUUCAGGGAAGAAGUCCACCAAGAGGACGAAGUCUAUCAACGGCCCGCUGUACGUCUUCCGUGGCCGAAUCAACACGGAAGUGAUGGAGGUGGAAAAUGUUGAAGAUGGAACCGCUGAUUAUCAUAGCAACAACUACACUGUGACCAACGGCUGGAAGAUUCACAACACGGCCAAAAACAAGUGGUUUGUGUGCAUGGCCAAGAAUGCAGAAGACAAACAAAAAUGGCUGGAUGCCAUUUUAAAGGAGCGUGAACAGCGAGAGAGUCUCAAACUGGGAAUGGAGCGAGAUGCUUACGUUAUGAUCGCAGAGAAAGGAGAGAAGCUCUACCACAUGAUGAUGACCAAGAGCCGCCAUCUGAUCAAAGAUCGCCGGAGGAAGCUCACCAUCGUGCCCAAGUGCUUCCUGGGAAAUGAGUUUGUCGCCUGGCUGUUAGAGAGUGGAGAAAUCAGUAAACCAGAGGAAGGGAUCAAUUUGGGCCAAGCACUGCUGGAGAACGGUCUCAUCCACCACGUUUCAGAUAAACACCAGUUUAAGAACGAGCAGGUACUGUAUCGGUUCCGUUACGAUGACGGCACUUACAAAGCCAGGAGCGAAAUGGAGGAUAUCGUAUCCAAGGGUGUGAGACUGUACUGUCGUCUCCACAGCAUGUUCAUACCUGUGAUUAAAGACAGAGACCACCACCUGAAGACGUUUAAAUCAGUGUUACCAGCUAGUAAACUGGUGGACUGGCUUGUCUCACAGGGAGACUGUUCUACCCGCGAGGAUGCCGUCACACUCGGGGUCGGCCUGUGCAACAACGGCUUCAUGCACCACGUCCUGGAAAAGAGCGAGUUCAAGGACGAAUCGCAGUUCUUCCGUUUCCACGCUGAUGAGGAGACUGAGGGCACGGGCACUAAAACCAAGCAGCUUCGCAACGACUUUAAGCUCAUCGAGAACAUCAUGGCUAAGUCCCUAGUGAUUCAUCCCGAGGAGGAAGACUAUGGAUUUGAGAUUGAGGAGAAGAACAAGGCCAUCAUGGUGAAGAGUGUAACCAGGGGUUCCCAUGCUGAGAUGGUGGGGUUGCAGGCAGGAAGAAAGAUCUAUUCCAUUAAUGAAGACCUGGUGUUUCUGAGGCCCUUCUCUGAGGUGGAGAUGAUGAUCAACCAGUCUUUCUGUAUACGCCGCUCUCUCAGGCUACUGGUUUCCACCAAAAACAAAGAGCUUGUGAAGAUUCCAGACUGUCAAGACGGCCUGUCAUUCAAACUGCGUGGAUCCUGUCCUCCAUAUGUUCAUGCUGUAAAGAAAGGGUCAGAGGCCGCAGCAGCAGGCCUGCAGCCCGGCCAGUGUGUGCUCAAAGUGAACGGCGCCAACAUGAGCCAGAGCAGUUACGAGGAGGUGCUGGAGCACUUCAGCAGCUAUCGGCCCGAACAGUAUGAGAAGGAGCAGGGUUGCAGUCAGUGGGUGUACCGUGUGUAUGAUGACAUGGAUGAACAGGCAUUCAGCUCGUGCCUCUCGGAGAAUGGUUCAGAUGCAGAGGAAAACAGAUGUGCUAAUGGAACAGUCAGCGGUCUGCAACAUUUGUCCCUGUCUGGAGAUGGUCCACUGGUUAAUGUGAUGGUGGAUAAUGUUCACCUGGAACAUGGUGUUGUAUAUGAGUACGUGAGCUCAGCUGGGAUCAAGCACCAUGUUCUGGAGAAGAUGGUGGAGCCAAAGGGCUGCUUCAGCCUUACAGCAAAGAUAUUGGAAGCCUUUUCUAAAGACGACAACCAUUUUGUGACGAGCUGCAGUCAGCUGAUCGCUCAGAGCGAGCGUGUCGUAUCGAUGCCACAGUAUGAGUUCAGAAAUAUCUGCGACACCAAACUGGAGAGUAUACGCAAACGUAUCUGCAGAUACCAACAGUUUGCAGACGAGCUGCAGAAUAAGGGCUCGCCCAUGUUUAAGCAGGCUAGCAGUAAACCUCACAUCCUGGGCUGCAUGGAUUUUGUCCCCACCAAUUGCCACCUGAACCUGAUGCAGGUUUCAUGCCCCAAGAGCACCACAUCAGCCGGCCGUGCCUUCAGCAUCCGCUUCGGGCGCAAGAAUUCCUUUUUUGGCCUUGACCCAGACCAAGCCAAUCUGAACCCCAUGUCCCACACGGUCCACUGUGUGACCAGCAUGGCAGCCCCAUCCUGGAGCUGCAUGGGCCUGGAUGACGAGGAGAUGGAGGGAAUAGAUGGAGGCAUUGAGGCAUGCAGGAGGCACACGCAAGGUGAAGGAGGCCUUAGUUUUCUCCUCAAGCAGGAGGACACCGAGAGCCAGGACAACUACAUCUGCCUUUAUAACCGGCUGGACAUCGCGGUCAGGGAGAUGAAGCUCUACGUGGCUCAAAUUGAUGUGCUCCUGUCCUCCAUCACCGGUCCCAUCCAACCUCAGAGCUCUGAGCCUCCUUCCUACGACAAUGUGCCGUCUACUUCUCCUGGGCAUGAGGAGGCCAUUCAGGGCAAAAGAGUGUGCUUCAAAGUGAAUGAGGAUGAUCAGGAGGAUUCUGGACACGACACCAUGAGCUACAGAGACUCUUACAGUGAGUGCAACAGUAACCGAGACUCUGUGCUGUCCUACACGAGUGUACGAAGCAACAGCUCUUAUCUAGGGAGUGACGAGAUGGGCUCAGGAGAUGAGCUGCCAUGUGACAUGCAGAUUCCCCUGGACAAACAGGACAAACUACAUGGGUGUCUGGAGCAUCUGUUUAAUCAAGUCGACUCCAUCAACAGCCUCCUGAAAGGACCGGUCAUGAGCAAAGCAUGUGAGGAAACCAAGCAUUUCCACCCUGACCACACUCAGCCAGAAUUCCGCCACGCAGACGACUGGACAGCACGAUGCAGAUACAUCCUACACAAAAACAUCCAGGAGGACCCUUGGAACCUGCCCAGCUCCAUCAAAAACCUAGUGGACAGUCUGCAUCGCUUCGUAGAGGAUGGGAGGAAUCAGCUCUUGCUGGCCUUGCUGAAGUGCACAGACACGGAGCUGCAGUUACGACGGGAUGCAAUCUUCUGCCAGGCCCUCGUGGGUGCGCUGUGCACACUAGCCGAACAACUGGUCUGGGCGCUCAACCUUCGCUACAACAACAAUGGUGAAUAUGAAGACGACUGCAAGGAGGUCAGCCACAAAUGGCUGGAGCAGAUCUCGGCAAUCGGAGUGCUCUUUAACUUCCAGUCCACUCUCUCGCCGCACGUGAGAGAGGAGCGCAUCAUGCUGGAAGACACAAAAGCAGCUCUGCAGGAUCUGGAUAAAGUCACCGUGCUCUUCCGACCAUUGGAGAAUGAAUGCCUUGUUGCAAACACGCCAGUGCAUUAUCAGGUGGAAGGCAGUCGGCAGGCAAUCCGUGUCACGCUUUACCUGGACAGCUGUCAUUUCAGCGAGCUUCCUACACGUCUGCAGAAUGGAGGCAGCCUCAAGCUGCACUCGGCUCUUUUCACCAGAGCAUUGGAGAGGCCGGAAGGAGUGGCAGCUCAGGACUUUGUUGCCAUGGAGGAGUUUCAGCAGCGGAUCAACGCUGUGUCACUUGAAAAAGUCAAGUUUUAUUACCGGAGACUCAGGGCUUUCUAUUUAGAGAAAUCCAACUUAUCCACCGGCUCAAAUUCCACCGCCAUGAAAAUAGAUCAUCUGCUUCGACCUCUCAACACCCUGGACGACCUGUGCAGGCUCAUGCAGACAUACAUGAACGUGAAGCCGAGUGCGGCGGGCCACCCAUCUGGAGUCAGCGUGCUGCUUGUGUCCUCAGAGCUGUGCAGCCGCCUGGGGGCUUGCAACAUCAGCAUGUGUGCUACUGGCAUGCAGAGGUGCACACUGACUGUCUCCCUGGAGCAGGCCAUGAACCUGGCCAGGAACCACGGCCUCAUUCCCCGUUGCUUCAUGCAGACUAUGGACAUUAUGCGCAAACAGGGCACCAGAGUAGAAAUCUCUGCCAAAAACCUCAAAGUGAUGGACCAGAUGCCUGCUUUCGCACCAAGACUCUUCAAGCUGUGUCUCCCACCUUCCGAUGGCGAUCUCUGAGUCUCUCACCGCAGCCUCUUGACCGUUCACUUGAAAUAUUAAACGAAAGACUUGUGACUUUGUGACAGUGAGACUUCUUAAAGAGGUCACUUUGCCUUCGCCAGACGUUUCCGUUGUACCACACCUCGGCUCUGAGAGGAUUUUUUUUUACAGGAGGCUGACUGAGGCUAACACAUCAGCCUGCAUGGAAAUAGUCUAGUCACAAUUCCAUCCUUGGCUAGCAGCAACUACUCUCACUGCUCCAGCACAGACUUCUCCUCUCAAUGUACUUGGAUUUUGCCACUGAUCGGUGCCGUUCCUAAGACUAUGUUUUUUUUUUUGUUUGUUUUUUUUUGUUUUGUUUUUUUUAACCGAGUUACUAAACUACCUGUAACAGACUGUGUUCCUCUCUUUGCCGUGGACUGCAGCGUUGGUGAGCUAACCUGUUCCGUCUCUAGCUGGCGAGGCUAACAUCUCUUCCACUGCCUCAGACAUGUGGUGAUUAUGUGCAAUUACUGUAGCUUAGCAUGUGCAUUCCUGCACUGUUCCUUUCCGAGAGGAUUCUUCAAAAGGAGUAUUUUUAUUUUCCUUACAUCAGGUCUUAUAAAUUACUGAAAGCAUUCCAGUCUAACCACCUGACAGUAUUAUAUGGACCAAGCUGACACGGUUUUAGUUUAUAUAUAUAUAUAUAUAUAUAUAUAUAUAUAUAUAUAUAUAUAUAUAUAUAUAUACAUAUAUAUAAAUGCUUUAUUUUAUUUUAUGUUAUAGUUUUUGUCAGAGUUCCAUAAUGUAUCUGGGAAGGAAGUUCAUCUUAGGUGAGAAAGCUAAAUAAAGUUAAACAGUUGUCAUCUAUUGAUACUAAAUGCUCAAGAUUUUUAAUCAGAUCAGAGAAAGUGAAGAUAUUUCAUUGUUUGUGUCUGGUUUUGGCACUUUUUAAUCUCUGGGUGUUACAGUGUACAGAACUAUUCUAGAGCAUAGCAUGAGUGUUUUGAGAAGCACAAUAAAAAAAGCUCAAAUUAUUCAACAGUGUUUGCUAAAUACUGUACAAAACAAAGGGAUCAUUGAAGGAUGCUUAAAUAUAGUGAAAACUAUUUUAUUGAAUUUCCUUUCUCUCACUCUGUGUGUGUGUGUGUGUGUGUGUGUGUGUGUGUGUGUGUGUGUGUAUAUAUAUAUAUAUAUAUAUAUAUAUAUAUAUAUAUAUAUAUAUAUAUAUAUAUAUAUAUAUAUAUAUAUAUAAAACAGGUCCUCUAAUGCUAUAAUUUAAAUUGAAUUAUUAAUGUUAACAAUAUGAAACUGUACAUCUUUGUAUACAUGCUGUAUAUGUGAAUAGCAGUCCUUGUUGUGUAUUUCCACUUACAUUGUUUUCAGUAUUUAAAUUUCUAACCAUGCCCAUGUGGUCAGUAGAGAUUUACAGACAAUUUGAAAAAUGUACCAGAGCCGGGCUUCUUGUCCGCGGGGAAAAUCUAACAUUAAUCUAACAUUUUGUUUCCUCAAAGCAAGCUCAGCUGUUAUUUAUUGAUUAGCCUAUGAUGAACUGAGCAUAGGCUUUUUUUUUAUUAUUUCAAAAUCAAUAACUAAUGCAUAAAUAUACUGAAUUUAAUAUAUACUUACAGAACGGUAUGCAUAAGAUGUUUUAAAUCAUAUUUGAUUUUAUGGAAUGCCACCUUCCCCCACAACAUGAACAUACUGCAGAUAUGAUUAUAUGUCUUUGUUUUGUCACAUAGCCGACAAAACACCGUGACAGAGGUUGUGUUCGGUGUUAUGCAGUGCUGUGUUUUUGACAUUCACGGUGCCUUUCGGAUAGGAAAAGAAUUGUGUGUCUAGUUUGAAAAUACCUGAUAUGUAUAGCUAUGUGCAGCACAUCGUUAGUUGGAACUGGAAUAGAGUUUACCACAGAGUGAGAUGAUUACGUCUAUUUCAGGCUGAGCUUGCUUUGGAGAAACCAGAUUAGCAUGAUGUAACAUUACGUUUUUGCGUAUAUAAGUGUUGUCCAGCCCCAGAUGGAUUUUCCUGCAUCAUCCUAUGUUUGGAAUUAGCUGAUACAUGUGUAAGAAACACAGAAAGGUUCAUGUGUGUUAGUCCUAAGGCUUGGAAUGGGAAUCUCUUGGUCAGUAAAAAAAAAAAAAAAGAAGAAGAGAAAACGCCUUGUAUACAAUAAGCUUAAGUAUAUAAUGGUGAUGCUCUUUAACUUGUAAUAUCUGUGGAUGUUUGAAUGUACUGAAGAGUUGUUUUUUUUUUUUUUUAAAUCAAUGUGAUUAUCACAAUGUCCGCUCAUUAACAGUCUAUUAAAAUCUGACAGGUUUGAAGUAA